AUUUAAGGCAAAAGAAGAAAAACCCUGAUUCUUCACAUUGCCUUUGCCGCGACUUCUGCUUCUUCUCUAAUCUUCUUCGCAAAAUCGAUUUGCAGCUAGUCGUGUUACAAGUCUCAGUUUCUUUCUCUUUGGCUUCGUCAAUUUCCAGAUGAUUCUAUGCCUGUUGUUGAGAAUCACAUAUUAGAUAGACCAUCUUGGACAUGGGAAUCGAGAAACUUGUAUGGGAAGUGACAAAGAAAGCAUUCGCUGGAAGCAUUAUUGGGCUUACCAUUUCAGAUAGAUGUUGUAGUGUUGUUCCGGUAAGAGGAGAUUCCAUGUCUCCAUUAUUCAACCCCCAACGAAAUUCGUAUUUAGAUGAUUAUGUUCUGGUUGACAAAUUUUGCCUUAAGGAUUACAAGUUUGCGCGUGGUGAUGUUGUAGUGUUCAGCUCUCCAACUCAUUUCAAGGAUAGAUACAUAAAGAGGAUAGUCGGGAUGCCUGGUGAAUGGAUAAGUAGUUCGAAUGAUGUGAUCAGAGUUCCACAAGGACAUUGUUGGGUAGAAGGAGAUAACAAAGCUUCCAGCUUAGACUCGAGAACAUAUGGCCCUAUUCCUUUGGGUUUAAUUCGUGGACGGGUCACUCAUGUCGUGUGGCCUCCUCAAAGAGUCAGCAAGAUUGGUAGAUAAAGCUAAUGGAGAGUAAGAAGAAGGAGAAAUUUUGAAAGGUUCGAUUUUUCCCCCAUUUUUUCUGGUGUUCAUUCAAUAAAUCAAAACGGGUCUAUUCGUCUCCAUGUUUCUCAAGAUUCUCUAUGGGAACUCUAAAAAUUCACAUUUCUACAUGUUUUCUUACAUUAUACCCCAAUGGGAAAUUGGGAAUUAAAGGUCACUUCUCAAUUAUAGCACGUUCUUUGUCUUGGACGAGACUCGGGAUUAAAACAAAGGUUUAGCUCGCCCUUCUUGUAAUACUUGGCCCUGGUUUUGAUUGGUUCUGGUUCGUUUCGGUUGUUUAACAAAAUCUCAUAGCUUUAUAACUG